AUGGUAACCACGACACCGGCCCGCGCGGCCGCCGAGUUCAUAUUCGAGAGCUACCGCAAGGUGCAGCCUUUUGAGCGGCUGCCGGCCGACCUGUUUCCCAAGACGCUGGAAGAAGCCUACGCCAUUCAGCUGGAACUCCACUGCAUGCUGUCCAGCCUGUGGGGGCCGCUGGCGGGGUACAAGCUGGCGUACACCACGCCGGUGAUGCAGGAACGGGCGGGGCUGAACCAUCCGGUGCUGGGCGGCGUGUUCCAAAAGACCAUCCUGCGCUCGCCGGUGGUGCUGAACUUCACGGAGUACGUCAACCUGGGCAUCGAGCUAGAGGUAGGCGUGACGCUGGGAAAGGAUUUGCCGGCGUCGGGCGCCCCCUACACGAGGGACUCGGUGGCGGAAGCGGUAUCCGAGGUGGCCACGGCCUUCGAGAUCGUGGACAUGCGGACGCCCGCCGAUCUGACCACGGAAGAGCGCACGCUGAUGAGCGUGGCGGUCAACAUCCUGAACUCCGGCGUGGUGCUGGGCGAUCCGGUUACGGACUGGCAGAGCCUGGACCUGGUGGGUUGCAAGGGCGUGAUGAGCAUCAACCACGAGCAGGUGGGCGAGGGCUACGGCCGGGACGUGAUGGGCCAUCCCUUCGAGCCGCUGGUGUGGCUGGCCAACGAGCUGUCGGCGCGUAACCAUCCCCUGAAGGCCGGCGACACGGUGAUUACCGGAAGCCUCAUUCCGCCUACCCCGCUGGGCUUCGCCUCCGAAGGGCGUAUUUCCAUCGAAGGUCUCGGCGAAGCGGUGGUGGUCUGCGCCUAG